AUGAUUUUGGAUGCGGAGAGUUGUCUUUUUCUAACGAAUAAGAAACUCUACCAGCUAUGCAAACUAAUAGAUCAUCUCGGAUUCCAAAUAGCCCAGCAUAAUUUCGAAAUAGAAAUGUUGCGAAAAAAAUUUAAUUGUUCGUUAGAUAUUUUAGAGGAGAAAUAUCAAAGUAAAGUUCGCGAAAAGUAUUUAAAAGGACUCGUAGAUCAGGUUGUUAAAGAAGUAGACUUUACAUUCAAAGAACGGCACAAAGCCAUUCAAGAUAAAUUUAUGAAUGCAGUUAUUUCAAUUAAUACAGAGAUGACUGAAUCCGAUAUAGAAUUAAAAUCGAAUAUUAAGAAAGUUGCGCUCAUGGUUCAGCAGCUCAAUCAGGAGAUAAACAAUAACACAACAGUUAUUAAUAAUUUAUGCAAUCAGACAAUGAAAAAUUUAAAAGACCAACUACAAAAAGCGCAAGCCAAACAUGAAGACGCGAUAAGAUUACAUGAUAAAGAACAAUUAAAACAAGUUCACAAUCUUGAAGUAGAAACAAAAGAAAAUCUCGCUCAUUUAGAUGAUGACUUCAAUGAAUCUGUUGCUCAUCUUAAAAAAUCAUUUCUAGGAACAAAUAAUAAGAAUUUAAUCAAUAAACUUCAGACCUACAAAGGCGAUUUAGAAUUCAUUGCAGAGAACUUACAGAACUCAAAAAGUAAUGCUAACGAUUAUAUUGGGUUGUAUAAUAUAAAUAUGCAAAAAUGGAAAAAACAAUUGCAACAGACACUCAAAUCAUUACCUGAUGUGAAUGAAAAUCCAUAUAAAGCACAAGAUGAAAGUGAGCAAACAGAAUAUAAUAACCAAAAGAAAGAAUUACUUGCUCAAAGAGAAAAUUUAUUCAUAUACAGGCAAAAUGAGUUAUCAGAUCUAAAAUCUCAGUUACAGACAAUCAAGACAACUAAGCUUGAAGUCAAACCUCAAGAAGCAACUGAAUAUAUCGAACAAAAAUUUAAAGAUGAGUUAUUAAAUCUCAAUAAUGAACAAGAGGAAGAAGUCAAAGGUGUUGAAGACUCAAUAAUUCACUUGAACAAAGUAAUACAAGAGCUAAAAGAAGAGAUUGUCGUUCACAAAAAAAGAUUACAAGUUCAAAUCAACAAAGACAAAGAAGAAAUUGAACAAGCAGUUAAGAAUCAUUUAAAGAAGAUUGAUCAAGAAAACAAGAGAUAUGAAGCAAAAUACUUAGAUUUAGUAGAAGCUCUUCAAUUAUUAAAAGGUUUACCAGGAGAUGACAAAAAGAUACAGGAAACAGAGAAACUUAGAGAUAUUCUUAAGCAUGAACUUGAAUUAGUUAAAAAAGAAUCAGCAAAUCUUCCAAAAGACGAUUUCCAGAAAAAUGUUGGUUCUUAUUUAGAAUAUCAAAAAGAUUUGACUAACUCUGAUCUAUCAGAUUUUGAAAAGCAAGAACAGGUAUAUAUAAAUGUCCUUGCACAAACUUAUAAAAACGGAUAUGAAAAUAAAUAUAAUCGAAUUCAAGAAGAAAUUGCAACUGAAGUCUCAAGAAUACAAGAAGAAUUCGAAGCAUUGCCAUCACAAAGAGAGAAUGUUGAUAGCCAACUUCAAAGAAAAUAUUUAAAAACUCAAAAAGAAUUAGAAUCAAUCGAAAUUCCAGAUGAAUACCAAAAGUUUUUGAAGGAAAUGGAACUACAAAGGAAGAUUAUGAUUGAGGAAGCUAAAUCUCGAAUUGCCAAAGAAAAAGAAUUAUUAUUAUCUGAGUUCACGCAAAAGUUAUCAGAAGAAGAGAACAGGCAUAUGAAUUACCUUUCAGGUAUUUCAUUAUUCCAGUCUAAAGGAGAAACACAGUAUAUUCGCGAUCAAUUCGCUCUUAAGAGGAGAGAACUGAGUGAAAUAAUAGACAAACAUAAUCAAGAACUUAUUGAACUUAAAGAAUUCUCUGUAAGAGAUAUGAUUGCGUCUGUUAUCAAAGAAUAUGAUGACGAAGAAUUAAGAUUGAACAAGAUUCUCGCAGAACUUAAUGUUGAAUCACAUAACAAACUCGUUCAAGCUCAAAAUGCUCGUAAAGUUGCUGUCGCUACUCUUCAAAAUACCAUUUUGAACGAAAGAAAGAAAAAUCAUUCCGACCAAAAUCAAUACAGAAAAAUGCAGAAAGAACAAGACCCGCAGGAGAUGAUGGACGAGUUACAGAAGAAGCUUGAUAUGAUUACUGGAUCGAUAUCCAACUUGUGGAUCAAAGAAAAAGAGAGAAGCAAAGGAGUCAGAGAAAGAAAAGUCCAAGAAUUUCUAAAAAUCCAAAAAGGACUUGCUGAUGAAAAAUUACAGAAAACUCUUGACCUGGAGAAAACCGCGAAAGAGAAUGAAAGUGAGUAUCAAAGCAGAGAAAACAUGAACCUUGAUGACAUAGAAAACAAAUCAGACAGCUAUGAAAGCGAACUUGCAAAACUUCGUGAAAGUUUGCAAAUAAAGAGAAAAAGAUUUGCUGAAAUUAAAGAUGAGUAUGAAUCUCAACGAAACAACUUCCAACAGUUAUAUAACUCUAAAUCAUCCAGACCGGAAGAGAUCAGUCGUAUAGACCGUCUAGAUAAUCAGCUCAAAAUGCUUGAAGGACAUAAGAAACAACUCCUUAAAGAUUUCAAACUCAUCAAAGAGCAAUUAAUUAUGAAUGAUGAUGUAAUCACAUCACGUUUUGGAGUUUCUCCAAAUGUCAGCAUAUUAAGAGCUGCUUCUUCAAUGCAACCAGCUAGACCAUUUACUGCCACUCCAGGACUUAGAAAGCCAAUUAAGAGAUAA